AUGGGCGAGCCAACAAAGAUCCUCCCGGAAAAGAUCUCCAUUGGCGGUUAUAUCCUUGAGAGACUCACGCAGUUGCAAGUCACGGCGCUUUUUGGAUUGCCCGGUGACUUCAAUCUCGCGUUUCUAGACCUUGUUGAAGAUAAUCCUGGAAUCCAGUGGGUCGGCAAUGCGAAUGAGUUGAAUGCCGCGUACGCGGCUGACGGGAAUGCGCGAGUGAAGCGUGCUGUGUCGGCGGUUUGUACAACAUUUGGAGUUGGAGAGCUCAGUGCUUUGAAUGGUGUUGCUGGGUGUUAUUCUGAGCGGAUUCCUAUUCUGCAUCUUGUUGGAGUGCCCGGUCUCUCACUCCAGAAAGAUCGUGCCAUGCUCCACCACACCCUUGGCGACGGAGGCAAGGUUUUUAAGGAAAUGUCUUCGCAUAUCACCUGUAUGGCUGCGUCAUUGGACAGCAAAGAUAACGCUGCGGAGCGCAUUGAUGAGGUCCUAACUGCUAUGCUCACCGAGUGUCGCCCCGUUUAUCUCAUGCUUCCAACAAAUCUUGUUCUAGUAGAAAUUCCUGCCGAACGCCUUAAGGUCCCUCUUCCGCCAUCUGUUUCUUCGCCCCAUCCACUUCUGGUUCCCUCUUCUGACCUUCCCACUGACCUUCAACCCGUGAAGAAAUUCUCCGCGAAAGAAGAGGAAGUGGCGCAUGCGCAAUAUGCUGCUGUGCGCGCUAUCACAUCCCUAUUCGCUCAGGCAAAGAACCCCAUUAUUCUAUUGGAUGCCCUCGCAGAAAGGUUGGGUGCCGAGGAACUCGUAGUGGAGCUGGCGGAGAAGACGGGAAUGAAGGUGUUUGUCAGUCCGAUGGGUAAGAGUACGGUUUGGGAGAGCCAUCCGUUGUUCAGUGGCAUUUAUGCGGGAAGCGUGACUGUUCCCUCAGUUGCGGCGCAAGUUGAAGCGGCUGACCUUGUCUUUGACGUUGGCCCAUUGAAGAGUGAUUUCAAUACCGGUAGCUUCUCGUAUGGAAUCAAGUGCGAAAACACGGUCGAAAUCCGAAUCGACCGCACAGUUGUCGGUUACGCUGAGUUCCCAAACGCCGGCCUACGUUCGCUUCUCCCGCAACUCAUCACUGCGUUCAGUGACCACUUCUCUAAGAACCCUAAGGCAAUAUCUCAGGAGAUAAGGAGUUCCGGGGGCCGAACGGAAGAACCUUCUCUAGUUGCGGAACAAUCGGCUGACGAGAUUACACAUGAAUAUCUUUGGAAGAGGGUUAGUAAGUUUUUCAAGGAAGGGGAUGUCAUCGUCGCGGAAACAGGGACAAGCAGCUUUGGUAUCCUGGAUUCCAGGCUUCCUAAGGGUGCUACUCUCAUUUCUCAGGUUCUCUGGGGCUCCAUUGGCUGGAGUGUUGGCGCAUGUUUGGGAGCGGCUCUGGCUGCUCGUGAGCAGAAGCGCCGUACCAUACUUUUCGUUGGGGAGGGAAGUCUGCAGCUGACUGUGCAAGAGAUUGGAACUAUGAUUCGUUUGGGUUUGAACCCUAUUCUUUUCGUGAUUAACAACGAUGGCUAUGAAAUCGAACGACAAAUACACGGACCGGAGCGACUCUAUAACAACAUAUCUCGUUGGAAUCAUCAGUUGUUGCUCUCAAGUCUCUCUCCACCUGAGGAUGCCAACAACUAUCCGUCCAAUGCGCUCCCUGUCGAGGUUGAGCGGUUGAGGACACACAGGAGUUAUCGUGUCAGCAACAGAAAAUCGCUCGAGAAGCUACUGACGGACGAAGGCUUUGCUUCGGCUCCUUACAUUCAGCUUGUUGAGCUCGUCAUGCCGAGGGGAGACGCCCCUCGAGCCCUCGCCAAACAAGCGAAGAUGUCUGCGAAGGUGAAUGAAACGGCUUGA